ACCAGCAUUCCUGCUGUCAUAAGCCUGAUUUGUCUCGCACACCUCGAGACCAUUGCGAUCUCCGAUAUUGGGGCCACGCGAGUGCGCUAACCCUGCACACAAGUCAAUCUGUCAGCAACAGUCCGACAACUAGCCUGAAUUUGUUGUUGUCACCAGGGACGGAGGCAGCCCAGAGGAUGUGCAUUAACCAUCAUGGACAUGGCGCGUCACUUUCUGUAUCAGACGACAGUCGGGAGCACCCGUUUGACAGUCGGAGACGGAGCGUCGAUGUCGGUGGGCUCGCCCUUGCCCUGGGUGCCGCCUCUCUCGGCGACGAGCAUAUGGAGAUGGGGAAGGGAUGGGGAGGCUGGGAGGAAUCAGAGCUAUCUGGAUCGAUGUAUGCGGAAUUGCUGAGCGACAUGUACACCCAAACGCAGACUGCUGUGAACCAAACUGUACUUUUCCCGUUCCCUCCUAUUUCUUUGGAAACUCGGCAUCGUUUAAUUUAUGCGCUUGACAAUUGGCACUUCGAGCCGCAUAAACUUCCCGACGACGAAGUCCUUGCUUGUACGCAAUUACUAUUCGAGACUCUACUACGAGUAGAAGGCAUGCAGGAAGUAGUCGGAGUGACUCUUGGUCAAUUAAGCGCAUUUCUCCUUCAUCUACGACAAGCGUAUCGUGCGACGAACAGUUACCACAAUUUUCAACAUGCUCUUGACGUGUUCCAGGCAACACACAUGUACUUGCGUGAAACAGGUGCAGUCCCUCCCGUCGCACUUCUCUUUGUGCCAGAAUCGGAUCCCCGAGGUCGUUGGAGGGCUCACGACGAGCUGAGAGCAACGUGGAUAGGGAUUCUACGAAAAGAAGAUAUCUUCGCUUUAUAUAUCGCAGCUAUCGGCCACGAUGUAGGCCACCCAGGCUUCAACAACAUGUUCAUGAAAAAUGCACAAGCGCCUCUUUCUCAGGUUUACGACCAUAAAUCAGCGCUGGAGCAAAUGCAUUGCGCAUUUCUGUUGCCGAUAAUGAAGAGGCACGGACUUGCACACUUGCUCAAUCCGACUCCUUCAGGUAACCAGUCGCAGUUUCGACGGUUACUUCUAGAUACUGUACUCGCAACUGACAUGGGAGUCCAUGCGGCUUUCAUGAAGCGAUUUGCGAGUCUUAUGGAGCAUCCUCAAGAUUUCGACAUUAAUCAAGCUCGCACGCUUCUGUGUCAGGCGCUCAUCAAAUGUGCGGACAUAAGCAAUCCGAGCCGACCUCACAUGGUAUCCCAACAUUGGUCUGCGGCGCUCGCUUCUGAAUGGGCGAGUCAAGCGGUUUUGGAGCGUCAGCUCUGUCUUCCUGUUUCCGUGCAGGACUCCGACGAUCCUACUAUUGAGGCGAAUGGCCAGAUCUCCUUUAUUACGCUUUUUUGCUCCCCUUUACUGGAAAUUACUACUCUGGCCGUUCCAGAAAUGAAAAAGUUUGCCGACCAGUGUUCGACAAACUGUGCGUUGUGGCGUACGCGACUUCUGGAGUUAAAGCAAAAAGCCGAAGCUGCGCGUGUCGUCGAACCGAACUACCCGCCCGUACCUUAUCGUUCAAUCUCACCCUCCCAGCCACAGGAUUACCUCUCUGUUUUCCCUUUAUCGCUCCCUGCACAUUUCUUUCCUCCCCCGUCACGUGCGAAUACGAUUGCGGACUCUGACUCUGUCCUUGGAAGUGAGGUCGGGCAGGAUUCCUUGAGGAGAAAGUCCUCGAUGGUGGAUGAUAUCAAAACGACGCCCGAUAGGAACGGUGUUCGACCAAAUGGCCAUGCUGAAACUAGCAACGGCGUUCGAUAUGCGAAUUCCGCGUCCUCUUCAUCACGUUCGGCCUCACCCUCACCCUUCUCAAACAGCCCAUACACUUUCCCCACCUCAUCCUCACCUCAACAUCCAAUACCGUCAAUCUCUACGGCCUUCAACUCUGCUAGUCCCUCAUCCCCAUUACCUUCAGAGAUCUCACCAACGACCGAGACUGCGUCAGAAAGCACGUCUCCGCGGUCUGAAUAUGCGCCUCGGACGCCGUGUAGUAGUAUUGGCGCAGCAACGCAUUCGAGCGUGCCGUAUCCGCAUAGUAGUGCUGCGUCCGUAGUACCGGGUAUGGGUAUGGGUAUGGGAGGACAACCGGAGUCGAGUAUACGUGCGGCGUAUAAGUUGAGUGUGAGGAAGAAAAAGAGCUUUCAUAGGAAUUCGUGGACUCCGAGUUUAAUGCCGAAUAGCCCUCUGCCGAAUAACCCUAUCCCCAACUCCAUACCGAAUCCGAACGCUGCAAUGCAAACGCAAAUGCAGACACAGACACCGGGACCGAGUCCGUUAUCUGUGAGUGGUUUACGUGCGUUACUUGCACAGAGGAGUGGAGUGACCUUGUCGAAUUCGUCCUCCCCUACGGGACCUUUACGAUAUGAGAGUAAUGUGGGGGAUAGUUCGACUGCUAGCGGGUCAUGAUAUUUUUUACUCCCUCUCACUCUCCUCUCACUCUCUCUCUCUCUGUCUGUCGAUCUCACCGAUGUUUAACUUGGGAUUUAUGAUUGAUUGGUAUUGAUUUUUUUUUCUCGUCUUGUAUUACCUAUUACCAUUACCAAUGUUGUUUUUUCUUUUUGUUUUUCGUGCCUCAUAGUUAGGCUGUGUGUCUUCUCUUUCUCUUUUCUUUUUUCUUCUUUUGUGUGUGUGUUUGUGUGUUUGUGUGUUUGUGUGUUUGUGUGUUUGUGUGUUUGUGUUUGUGUUUUGUUGUUGUCAUCAUUUCUGUCAUUUCCUCUCUGUCUGUCUCUCUGCUGCAUACUGCAUACUCUGCGUGCAUAUAAAAUUGUUGUUAAGUUGCAUUUCGUAGAUCCAUCCGUUGUGUGUUGUCUAACUUGUUUACACUUUUCUCUCCUUUCUCCUUUCCUUC